UCUUCUUUUCUAGUCCGUUCCAAUCCUCUGACCCUUCUCAUUUGUCAAGUUCUUCAUUUUUAUACACACACAUAUAUACAUGAAAAGUUCUUCAUACUUGUCUAUACUCUUCUUUGUUAUCCGGAAAGGGUUUUCCCAUUAAUUUCUCUCUGGUCUAAACAAAUAAACUUUCCUCAGAACAAAAGGACAUAUCAUCAAGCCAUGAUUCAUAGGGCCAUUCGCUUCAGCAAUCUGGUUCAAUCGUUUAGAGUUGGAUCUUCCUCUCCAUCCAAGGUGGGGUCUCAUUAUAACCUGGCAAUAUCUAGGACUACAUCUUCUCUGCAACGAACGAGUGAACCACUUGGUUACAGCGACGAUGAAAACGUUGAUAUGGACUGGGACAAUCUUAAAUUCGGUCUUACGCCAACUGAUUACAUGUAUACGAUGAAAUGUACUAACGAAGAAAAAUUCCAGAAGGGUCAACUUAGUCGCUACGGCAACAUUGAGUUAAGUCCUUCCGCAGGAGUGCUAAACUACGGACAGGGAUUGUUUGAAGGGACAAAAGCGUACAGGAAAGAAGAUGGACGCUUGCUUCUCUUCCGUCCAGACCAAAAUGCAAUUCGCAUGAAGAUUGGUGCCGAUAGGAUGUGCAUGCCCUCGCCUUCCGUCGAUCAAUUCAUCGACGCCGUUAAGCAAACGGUCCUCGCCAACAAGCGUUGGGUUCCGCCUGCUGGGAAAGGCUCUCUUUAUGUCAGGCCUUUACUCAUUGGAAGUGGUCCUAUCUUGGGUCUGGCCCCGGCACUGGAAUAUACUUUCCUAGUUUAUGCUUCUCCUGUUGGCAACUAUUACAAGGAAGGUUUGGCUCCUUUGAGAUUGUACGUUGAGGAUGAGUUUAAUCGAGCAUCUCCAGGUGGAACUGGAGGUGUCAAAACCAUUUCAAAUUAUGCCCCGGUUUUGAAAGCGCUAAACAGAGCAAAGAACAGAGGAUUUUCUGAUGUCUUGUACCUUGACUCGGUGAACAAGAGAUACAUAGAGGAAGCUUCUUCUUGUAAUGUUUUCAUUGUGAAGGGAAAUCUGAUCUCAACGCCUGCUACAAACGGGACCAUACUUGACGGAGUUACAAGAAGAAGCAUCAUUGAAAUUGCUCGUGACAAUGGUUACGAGGUUGAGGAACGUGGUAUUUCAGUGGAGGAAUUGAUAGAUGCCGAUGAAGUAUUCUGUACCGGAACAGCCGUGGUUGUUGCUCCUGUUGGUUCUGUUGCAUAUCAGGACAAAAGAGUUAAUUUCAGAACCGGUUCUGAGGCGGUGUCUCAAAAAAUGUACAAGACACUCGUGGGGAUUCAAACGGGUGUCGUUAAGGAUAAUAAGGACUGGAUCGUUGAGAUUGAUUGAGAUUUUUGUCAUUGCCGUGUAUCAUAUUCUACUCUAUACUUGAAAACUCUGUUAUAAUAUUUAUUGAGCUCUCACUUUUUUGUCA